GCAAUUAAUUCAUCUCAACCAACAAAAGCACAUCUUCAUAUCCAUCAAAAAGGCAAACGUGGAUCCGCAAACGCCCCCUAAAUUUUCAUUCAUUUUUCGUCUCUCUCUGUCUCUCUCUCUCCGUUCAGUCUUUUGCUCUACAAAGUUUAAGGUAAGAAGAGCAAUUAAUUCAUCUCAACCAACAAAAGCACAUCUUCAUAUCUAUCAAAAAGGCAGUCUUCAAUGGCUGCUCAUUUUCCUUUGCUUCAUGCCCCACCAUCUCUCUCCGCCAAAACUCUUCAUUUCUACAGGUCCAAACCCACUACCCCAUCUUUCUCUUCAUACCCCAAAAGACGUAAAGGUUUGUAUGGUUUAUCUACAAUCAUAUACUCUUCUUCCAAUGGUCGAGACCCUAAUUCAGUGGACAGUGGAGUCAAAAGCGUUGAGAAGCUACUGGAAGAGAAACGCCGUACCGAGUUGUCUGCUCGGAUUACCUCUGGAGAAUUUACUGUGGAGCAAUCUGGUUUUCCAUCUGGAGCAAAGAAGAGUUUGUCGAAGUUGGGGGUUCCUAGUGAGAUUCUGGAAUUUUUAUUUAGUUGGGUUGAUGCCCAUGAAGAUUGUCCAAAGAUUCCGGAGGCAAAAGGAGCAAUUAGUUCCAUUCGGAGUGAAGCCUUUUUCAUCCCCUUGUAUGAGCUUUUCCUGACAUAUGGAGGAAUUUUCCGGUUGAAUUUUGGACCAAAGUCAUUUCUUAUAGUUUCGGAUCCUACUAUUGCAAAACAUAUAUUGAGGGAAAACUCAAAGGCUUAUUCAAAGGGUAUCUUGGCUGAAAUUCUAGAAUUUGUAAUGGGGACGGGGCUCAUCCCAGCUGACGGGGAGGUAUGGCGUAUUCGACGACGUACUAUAGUUCCAGCAUUGCAUCGGAAGUAUGUAGCUGCUAUGAUUAGUCUUUUUGGACAAGCUACAGAUAGGCUAUGUAAGAAGCUAGAUGCUGCUGCAUUUGAUGGGGAAGAUGUAGAGAUGGAGUCACUUUUCUCCCGUUUGACAUUGGACAUCAUUGGCAAGGCAGUAUUUAACUACGAUUUUGAUUCAUUAACCAAUGAUACCGGGAUAGUUGAGGCCGUUUACACUGUCCUGAGAGAAGCAGAAGAUCGGAGUGUUUCUCCAAUUCCAUUCUGGGAGAUCCCAAUAUGGAAAGACAUUUCACCCCGGCAAAAGAGGGUUUCCGCAGCCCUCAAAUUGAUUAAUGAUAUACUCGAUGAUUUGAUUGCAAUAUGCAAGAGGAUGGUAGAUGAAGAAGAGCUACAGUUUCACGAGGAAUAUGUGAAUGAACAAGAUCCUAGUAUUCUCCACUUCCUUUUGGCGUCAGGAGAUGAUGUUUCUAGCAAGCAACUUCGUGAUGACUUGAUGACAAUGCUUAUAGCUGGGCAUGAAACAUCAGCCGCAGUAUUGACAUGGACCUUUUAUCUUCUCUCCAAGGAACCUAGUGUCGUGUCCAAGCUUCAAGAGGAGGUUGAUUCUGUCCUAGGAGAUCGGUUUCCAACAAUUGAAGAUAUGAAGAAACUCAAGUAUGCAACUCGAGUAAUCAACGAAUCCUUGAGGCUUUAUCCACAACCACCUGUAUUAAUUCGUCGUUCACUUGAGAAUGAUGUGCUUGGAGCGUACCCCAUAAAAAGGGGUGAGGAUAUCUUUAUUUCUGUUUGGAACUUGCAUCGAAGUCCAAAAUUUUGGGAUGAUGCAGAAAAGUUUAAGCCUGAAAGAUGGCCUUUAGAUGGACCCAAUCCAAAUGAAACAAACCAAAACUUCAGUUAUUUACCCUUUGGUGGAGGACCCCGAAAAUGCGUAGGUGAUAUGUUCGCUUCAUACGAGACUGUAGUAGCACUUGCAAUGCUUGUCCGGCGAUUUGACUUCCAAAUAGCACUUGGAGCUCCACCUGUUGAGAUGACUACUGGAGCGACAAUUCACACAACAGAAGGGUUGAAGAUGACAGUCACGAGGAGAAUAAAACCUCCCAUAGUACCCACACUGGAGAUGCCAACAUUGAACGCGGAUGCAUCAGUCAACCUUUCAGAAGGGGAUGCUCUGUUGGGUCAGAAAGGUGAAGUUUCUUCUGCUCAUUCCUGAUUGUUACCCUGGCUACAUUUUGGCUUUAUGGCAUAGGAUCUAUUUAACAUGGAGAAGUAGUAUAGGGAGAAGAAAAUAAAAUUGUAGCAUUCUCUUCUAUUUUGCUAUAUUUAUAAUAUGCUUCCACAUAUUUAGCGGUUUAAUGGGUUCAAAGUUUGUACAUAAUUUUGUAAAAUGACAGACUCUAUUCAUGAAAGGAAACACGCCCAUGGCAAAAUUGCCUCA